AUGUUAUCUCUUGACAGUCACAUCGCGACAUGGAUUAUCUCCAUGCUCGCUAGCACCCUUUUUGGGCGGGUAGUAACAGCCGAAACCAUUGUCAUCAAAGCGGACGGGCUCGUCUUUGGCCCGGAGAUCAUCACCGCCAACAAGGGCGAUAUCCUCGAGUUCCACUUUUUGCCUAGCAACAACUCGGUCGUCAAGGGCUCCUUUGACCACCCGUGCGAGCCUGCGACGGCGGAUACCGAGGAACGGUUUUUCUCGGGGUUUUUGCCGGCGAAGAGUAAUGAAGAGAAUCCAUCAAUCUUCCGCGUGACCAUUGGCUCCACAGCCCCCUUCCCCUUCUACUGCUCCACCCCCGCCCACUGCUCAAAGGGCAUGAUCGGCAUUGUCAACGGUUCUCCCGACCAACUAGCCCAAUACAAAGACCAAGCCGCCCGCGAAGCCGCCGCCCAGCCCGACGGCGACUUCCCCUUUGACAAAAUGAACCCGCCUGACCCCUCUAAACCGUUCGGCGGCGAACUGCUCAAAAAUCCGGAUUAUGCCGCUUGGUAUGGUGGUGAUUCCUCUUCUUCUUCUACCACCGGUACUGGGACGGCGACAGGACCACAGGGGAGUGAUGGUUAUGGACAAGGUGCUCCUCCUCCUCCGCCGCCGCCGCCGCCGUCUCCACCUACUGCAUCGACACCUACUGUGUCGAGUCCUCCUGCUGCUGCUACUGCUGCAUAUACAACGACUGGGAGUGGUGAUACUACGACUGGGGCGGUGGGAGGUGUGACGGGGACGGUGGUGACUAGUACGGGAACGUUGACUUAUACGGUGACGAGCGAGAGUGGAGUGCCGGCUGCUUCGAGUGCGCCGCCUGCUGCUAAUGGGGCGGUGGUUGUUGGUGCCAGUAGGGGAAUCUUUGGGUUAGUGGCUGGUUUGAUUGCUUUGGUCCUUUGAGGUUCUUUUACGGGAAUGAGUGAUGGUGGGUUUGAUGAUGGAAAAUUGCAGGCACUUUUACAGCUAGGAAACUAAUGGAUUGUAAAAUGGAAGCUUUUCACAUUCAAAAAGUAAUCAAGAUGUCCGGAUACAAUCUCAAAGUGUGGUGGUGGAAAAAAGAAGGAGUGUCCUCGACGACACACAGUCUUGCGCUUGUCUUGGGCCGAUGCUAAAAAGCAACAAAUCAAAAAGAUCAGGUAUAGCUACCCGAUAAUCCUCGAUCCACCCAGGGGUCGAACCUGGAACCUCCU